GAGCGUUGGGUUACCCAUGCUAUGAUCGCCAAUCCGCCAUCAUAUAUUCACGUCCAUCUGGCUGAGAGACUCGGAGUUCCCCUUCAUAUGUAUUUCUCGAUGCCCUGGUCCCAGACGAAAGUGUUGGGACAUCCUUUCAGCUCGGGUGACAUAUACGACAAUCCUUAUUGGCGACUCUUGAGCUACCGCUGGUUUGACCAAAUGCAGUGGAGAGGCCUGGCAUCGACAGUGCCCCAGUUCCGACGAGAGGUGUUGAAGAUCCCUAGGAUAGGCAU